UUUUAGUAAAGACUGACGGACUGUGAAAACCCAGUGCAGUGGAACCAAGGUGCUACUUUACUUAUUUUUGAUCUCUCAUCUCCAUUAUUCUCUCAUACUCUCUUUCCUUCUCAUCAAGAAGAGGAAGUUCUUGAGGUACCAACCAGACGUGAAGGCUGCCUGAGAGAGGGACACGUUAUUAAGCAGGAAACAUGGCAAACCCCUGCAGGACCGUUAUGGAGCUUUUGGGGCUGUUGAUUGGGACAGGAGGCUGGUUCUGCUCACUGGCUGCCACUGUAAUGCCUCAGUGGCGCUCUCUUUCUACUGAGCUGCUGGCCACUGAGAGCAUUGAACAAGGGCUAUGGGAGGACUGCGUGAUGCAGGAGGUAGUUGGCAUAGAGUGUCGUCCUCACGACACCAUCCUAGGCCUCGAUAACACCCUCACGCUGGCUCGGUUUCUGAUGUGCCUGUCAAAUGCAGCAUCUCUUCUUGGGAUUCUCCUGGCCAUUCCUGCAAUGAGUCAGAUCAAUUGUUGCAAAGGUGAGGAGGGACAGUGCAUAAAAAGAGGACUGAAGAUCACAGCUGCUGUGUUUUUAUGCAUCGGUGGUUUGCUGGUACUCACCUCGGUUUCCUACGUCGCCUCCGACAUCGUUCACAAGUUUUUCGAUGAGACAAUACCCCACGGAGUGCCACGCUCCGAGUUUGGGGAUGCACUGUUUGUCGGCUGGGCUGCAGGAUUUCUUGAAAUUGUUGCUGCUGCAUUGUUAUUUGCAUCUAGUGUGGGCUCAAGAGACCGUGAACCUCAUCUUGUAUAUCAUCAUCAAAGGCAAGAGAUCAGUACUGUUGAUGGCUCCAUAAGAAAGCGCACGGAGUAUGUUUGAGUUUAAAAACUUAGGUCCUUCCCGUCUCAAACAGUUGGUCUUGAGAUGCCUGUAUAUAGGAAUAUUGAUGGAGCAGAGAAAUGUGAAUUGAGAUAGAUUGUGAACUGGCCUUUAAAUGUCACUGAGGCUUUAUUUCUCUUUUAACAUUUAUCCAUCAAACUGAUGAAACAGGUAAUACAUUGUUAUGGAUUUAUCUUUUGAUGUCCAAAUGGUUUAUUUUUCUUAUCAGAAAUGUAUAAAGCCUAAAUAGUCAGUCCUUUUAAAAAGCUAUAGUGAAAAAAGUAAUAUAAUAGUUCUAGUUUACCGGCAGAAUUUUGUAAAACGUUUAAAAUGCAAUUUGUGGAUUUUCAUAAAGGAAUAUUGUUCACAAAUACUGAUUAAACAUUUGAAGUGUGUUUUUCUAAUUAUUGUUUGGCUUUUGUAUAGACAUACAUUUUUGUGCAUUUGGGUUCUUUGGGUUCUUCAGACCAACAAAAGAGACUUUAUCAAAUAUCACAAGAAUAUGGUAAUGUUAACAUGGACUUGCUUACUAAAAGCCACCCAUAUAUAGCUUUGAUGUCUUACCAAAUAUUCCAGAUUAACCUCCCCCUAUAUGGACCCUUAAUGUCACCUGCAACAUAUUGUUUAGGAGUCAAGUGAGGAGCACAUACAGAGCAGCUGGUUGUCUAUUUUUGUAGAACUGACUGAGAUUUUAAGUGAUACAAAU